GCUUCUCAGUCCAGAGCACCCAUUUCUUGAAUAUACUCAAGUUCUUGAUUCCUGAUACUAAAAAAGAUGAAGAGACUUUCUUGCUCAGCACUCUCGGUGGUGGUUGUGGCGGUGGUUCUCUUAUUAACCGAGGCGGCACAGGUGUCGAAUGCAGCAACAUGCAGCCCCUUGGAGUUGAGCUCAUGCCUGCCGGCGAUAACCUCAUCGUCGCAGCCAUCACCGACCUGUUGCGGCAAGUUGAAGGAACAGAAGCCGUGCCUUUGUGGGUACCUAAAGAACCCGAACUUGAAGCCUUAUAUUUCUUCUCCUGGUGCAAAAAAAGUCGCUCAUAGUUGUGGUGUUGCUCUCCCUAAUUGCUAGUUUUAAGCUAUUUUAGGCCAGAAAUAUAUGUAGGCUUCUUAAUUUGCAUGUGUAUUUAUGUUUGCGUUGCUGUUUCAGAAAAUAAAAAUGGCAAAAAGGGUAUCAUUUAGGGGAGGUCCUGUGCUGUGUGAGAUAUAAAAAUUGAGUACCAAAUGCUUAAAGAAAGAGUGUUUAGAUCAGUGUCUAGUUCUCUCUUGUAACUGAUCUUCUCUAUAUACAUAUAUAAAUGCUUGUGUUAUUAUGCCUGCAA